UCGCCGAGGGGACGCGUGAAGAAGGGGAAUUGCGCAAGAUGACGACCACUUCAACGCUCCGGAAACGGUGUUCACAACGCUGUCCGACGGACAAGGGAGCGAGCGAUACUUUGAGGAUGGCCAGGGGUCGAUCUCAGCGGCGGGCUGGAAGGAGCAAUAACUGGGACACUGGGACUCUGUGAAGGAGCAAUAAUCUCGAGCACGCGUAUUAUUACGGCUAGCGACUUGGGCAUUCAGCAUCGGAACCCACAUCCCCCUCCCCAACGCAAAGCAUGCCCAACAUGCCCACCCCACCAACCCCCACCAAACCCUCCAGCGACACAGACUACAACCCCACCCCGCGCCGCAGCACCCGCAAACGCCCCACCUCACCACCGCCGCCCCCAAUCUCAUCAACAACCCCCACCCGCCGCCCCAAACGCGCCAGAAUCCAAAUCGACUCGAAUACCUCCAUCGAGACGCUGCUGACGAGCAAGAAGAGCAGGUUGGGGAGUGAGGGGUGCGAUUUGAUGAAAUGCUUCACCUACGACAUCUUCCAAAUGUUCACGCCCGCCGAGCAAUCCUCCCUCGCGUCCCUCGUCCCGUCCAUCGACCUCGCCCAAUCACCCCCAUCGUCAUUAUCAACAACCCUCCCCGAACGCUUCUUCAACCACAAUCGCCACCUCCGCGAAAGCGUGCAUGAAUUCCAGGCCAACCUCGGGAACGGGUUCUACGAACCGCAGGAGUGGGAGGCGAUGGUGAGGGGGAGGGAAGGGAGCAGGCGGGAGUUUGAUGAGUGGAAGGAGCAGCACUAUGAGGAGGUGUGGGGCGAGCAGCUGGAUCAGGAUGAGGCUGGGGAUGAGGUUGCGAGCCUCGCAAAAACAAUAACCCUAAAAGACAUGUGCAAAGCCGGCGUCAUCCGCAAAGCCGACCGUCUCCUCUACAAAAAGAAUUUCGGAGGGAGUCUGAACAUCUCCGUCGAGAAAACCGUCACCAUAACGUCAAUCCACCCUACAACCCAAACCCUAACCAUCCGCUCCGCGCGACUGACCUGGGCAGACAUCACCAACCCGACGCGGUUAGAAACAUACAUCCUCGACCAGGACGGACGGGUGGCGAAAAGCCGGCGGCCGAACGGGAACGCGUGGAAGAGCAUGGUGCUGGUCAGGGGCGCGAGGGAGGUGGGGAGGUUGGCGGAGUUGAGGGAGGCGGUUGCGAGGGGCCGGCUUCGCGUGCGAGAAUAACGAUGCGUUUGGAAGUGACGGUUUCCGCCAAGAUGCAGAUGACGCACCCAUACCCCGCCCCAUUAUCGCAGCCCACGGAACGCGUUACGGCGUUCCGGAGAUAGCGGUCGCGCGCUCACUCUCAACGGCGUAUCACAGAGUCGCUAUCUGUCUGUCCGGCGCCAUCCCGGUUCCUGUUCACAUUAGGUAUGGUCCCCCCCGCUUACGGUGAAGAACGCUGACAGGUGCCAGGUGACACUC